AUGUCGGACGAUGAUGAUUUUAUGCAGGAUUCUGGGGAAGAGGAGUACGACUUCGAGUAUGAGGGCUCCGAUGAAGACGACUCCGGCGAUAUCGGCAUCGAGAACAAAUACUACAACGCGAAGCAGAUCAAGGCAGAUAACCCAGAAGAAGCUAUCGAUGAGUUCCUAGGCGUGCCAGCCCUGGAACAAGACAAAGGCGACUGGGGCUUCAAAGGUUUAAAACAAGCAAUCAAACUAGAAUUCAAACUGGGAAGAUACGAUGAUGCAAUUGAACACUACCGCGAGCUCUUGACAUACGUGAAAUCGGCCGUCACACGGAAUUAUUCCGACAAGUCAAUAAAUAAUAUGCUAGAUUUCAUCGAAAAAGGCUCGGAUGACGAGAAAGCAUAUCAUUGUAUGGAGGAGUUUUAUCGCUUGACGCUCAAAACAUUUCAAAACACAAACAAUGAAAGGCUAUGGCUCAAGACGAAUAUCAAACUCGCAAAGCUGUGGCUCGACCGCAGAGAAUUUGCGCAACUUACCAAGAAGUUGCGAGAACUACACCGGGCAUGCCAGCGUGAGGACGGUACGGAUGACCCCAGCAAGGGAACCUACUCGCUUGAAGUGUACGCUCUUGAAAUUCAGAUGUACGCAGAAACCAAAAACAACAAACGACUCAAAGCACUGUACGAGCGAGCAUUGCGGGUGCGAUCUGCUGUUCCACAUCCAAAGAUUAUGGGAAUCAUUCGCGAAUGCGGAGGCAAAAUGCACAUGAGCGAGGAGAAUUGGGAACAGGCACAGAGCGACUUUUUCGAGUCAUUCCGCAACUAUGAUGAAGCUGGAUCGAUGCAACGAAUCCAAGUCUUAAAAUACCUGGUGUUGACUACGAUGCUUAUGAAAUCAGAUAUCAACCCCUUCGACUCCCAAGAGACCAAACCAUACAAGAACGAUCCACGGAUAUCGGCAAUGACAGACCUAGUCGAUGCGUACCAACGUGAUGACAUACACACUUACGAAGAUAUUCUACGGAAGAACCACGAUGUGUUGGCGGAUCCGUUCAUUGCUGAGAACAUUGACGAAGUUAGUCGCAACAUGCGGACUAAAGCUGUCAUCAAGCUCAUUGCACCCUACACCCGGUUCACGUUGAGCUUCAUCUCUAAACAGAUCAAGAUUUCCAUCUCAGAGGUGCAAGAGAUUCUUGGGUUCUUGAUCAUGGACAAGAAACUCAACGCCAAAAUCGAUCAAGAAAACGGCACGGUUGUAGUCGAAAGCUCCAGCGACUCGGAACGUCUACAGGCAGUCCGUGAAUGGUCAUUAUCAUUAAAAUCCCUCUGGCGUGCCGCACUGAACGACGGCGAAGGCUUCAGGGUCGACGAAUCGUCCCUCUCGCAAAUGGGGCCCAUCCAAUCCCCAUUCCAGGCGGUGUCAGGAUUCGGCGAGGAGAAUCGCUCAGUGGGUAAAGGCCGAGGAGGAUGGAGGGGUAAGACAGGAUAUGCGGGCAGAGUAGGAGUAGCUUAG